GGGUCGAGAAGGAAAGAAGAAAAACAAAGCGGAGGAGUCUAAACAAAGCGCCAGACAGCCUCCUCUCCUCCGGCCGGAAAAAAGCAACCUCGCAGAUCCGCGGCCCCCCCUCCUCCGCUCACAGGUUCACCGCAUCGACGCCACUACCGUUUCCACUGCCGCCUCGACCCCGCUCCACCAAUUCUUGGUCAAGCCGCUCCAGCUAAGAGACGGAGAGCCCUGCGGAAAGGGGAGACGAGGGGAGGGUGCAAACCCUAGCCGUAGACCGCGGGCUCCUCCUCCUCGCCGGCGGCGGCGGGGAUGGAGAUGGUGGUGGCGGCGCCGGCGCUCCCCGCCGAAGUGGAGAGGGCUCUCAUCCGGGACAUAACCGUCGCGGCUGAUGCCCACGCCAAGGAGGGAGACACUUUCUUCCUCAUCACCACCAGGUGGUGGCAAAGUUGGAUUGAUUACCUCAUUCAAGAUUUGACUGGUGCAACAAGUAAUGGUUCUCAUCAUCAUGAGUUUGGUUCAAAAACUCCUAGAAGGCCAGGAGCUAUUGACAAUACCGAUUUAAUUGAUGAUGUGCCACUUGAAGUCUCCAACAUGGAGAUUGAGAUACAUGAUAACUUGGUUGAGGGUCGGGAUUACAUACUGCUUCCUCAGCAAGUUUGGGAAAAGUUGCAUGGUUGGUAAGUCACAUUCUUUUGAACUAUAUACUGUGGAAUACGAUCACCAAAAUAAUAACCUUAUCUGGAUCUAUCACUUUCAAAUGCCUCUGCACCUCUUUGCGCAGUGGCUUUUUGUUUUGAUAGUUUCUGCAUAGCUUAAUCAUUGUAUUUUACGAUGACCUGUCUACCUUCUUAUGAUUCCUUGCUGUUCCAUAUGGAAUAAUGGAAUAUGGAUAACUGUCUUUCAAGGUGGUUCUAGUUCAUAUACUAUAUUACUGUACACUGAUAUAUUCACUUUCCUGAACACAUUAAAUAAAACAUCAAUCCUAGUCAAUUUUAUUAAAUAUUCUUUACAGUUUGCAUCCAUAUUUGCCAAGAACACUUCUUCAAAUGACUAUAAAUAUGAAGAAAGUAGCACAAAAAAGUAGCUUUUGGUCUUAAAUUGAACUGAGACAAUAUGGUGUUGUUCAAUCUCCAGAUGCUUUGCAUUGACUUUAAAGUAAAAUCUGGAAACUAAUACAUGGAAGAAAGUCAAUGCUACCAUGUUAUGAAUUCAAGUUAAGAGGCUGAGCGAUUUAUCCUUACACAAACAUGGUUCACUUAUUUGUGUUCCAUAUGCGAGAAGCCGUGACAUCUUUCCAUCAACAAGAAACAAACCACCAAUGUUAUUAAAAAGUCGCUUAAGCGCCUUUUAAGCGGUAAAGUGCUAAAGCGCUACUGAGGGCGUAAAGAGCUGCAUCGUUUCACAAAAAAACAUAAAGAGCUCGUUUUAAGCGCUUUGGGCUGCAAAAAGGCCACGUUUUAGUGCUUUAUGGAAUUCAAGCCCAUCCCACGCUUGGAAAAACACUUGAUCUAAAGCUCUAAAACUGUCCAGGUGUCCUCCACCUCAUGCCCCCCCGCCUCUGUGCCUUGCUCCUGUCAGCCACUGUGGUCCUGUCAUCGCCUCCUGCCCUCCUCUGCGGCGGCACGAGCUUACCUCCCCUGCUAGUGGCCUUGGUUGUGGACAUGUCAUUUUGCCAUGGUUAUUAAGGCGGUAAGGCGAAGCGUGGCCAGGGUUUUCAAAUCGUUCGAUUUACCGCGAUUAAUCGCGAUUAAUCGGUCUGGUCGGUCACACGUAGCCGAUUAGGGUCACCGACCCGAUUAGGUGGUCUAAUCGUCCCUUAAUCGCGAUUAGUCGUCCAGUUCUUGUCUGUUGCGACUUGGAACCUGGAAAUGGAAAGGGUGCGCAUCUGGGACCUAAUUUUUGGGUGCCUCCUCGUUUCCAUGUAGGGACCACAUUAAUUGUUGAUUGGCGCGUCGCUUCCAGUUUCCAAAACCAUUUAAUUGUUGAUUGGCGCGUUGUUUCCAGUUUCCAAAACCGAAUUUACUUUCCUUUUUUUCAGUUUUCAGUAUUCAUCUCUCUGUCUCGUCUGUCACUCUGUCUUCUGAUCUUCUCCCGUCCUCCUUCCUGGCCGGCUGCUCCUCCUGUCGAACCCAUCCCCCCCUUCCCCCGACCAACUUCUGAGUCCUGAUCAAGAACCGACAGAGGCGCCAGUCCGUCAUGAUCAACUCCAGCGACUCAUCUCUGACCUCUGACCAACUCCGGUGAUCAAGAACUGAAGAAGAUGAGUACCUCAUCUGAAGGUAUGGUGGAGGACCAACAUUACCAAGAAAGGCAAUCAAUACUGGCUUUUCUCAAACUGAUUUGGCGAUAGAAGUUUAUCCUCUACGACUGCAGUUAAUUCUAAUGUCAAGAGGAGAGCGAACCUUUAUAAGGAUAAGCAAGAAGGGUACAGUUGGCCAACUCCAUAAAAUGGCCUGUAAGGUUUUUGACUUGGCACCAGAUGAGGUAUGCAUUUGGGACUAUUAUGGUCGAACAAAGCAUUCAUUGAUGGAUAGCUUGGACAAAACCCUUGAUGAUGCCAACAUUCAGAUGGAUCAAAACAUUCUAGUUGAGGUAACCACUGAUGCAAGUGGUAGUCUGGAUGGUUUGGUUAAGCGAAACAAUUUUUUUGAGAGUGAUGCUCCGAAAUCAGGAUUGCCAGAUGAGAAUUUUGCAGCCAACAACUAUGCUUCCAGAAGCUAUAGCUCUAGUCUGACACCAAGCAUCUACCUGCGAUCACCCAAUGGUGAUCUGGAUAAUGUGCAUGGUUCUAGUGGCAUGAUCACGAGGGGAUCGCCCUUAGGUCUUACAGGGCUACUUAAUCUUGGAAAUACAUGCUAUAUGAACAGUGCCAUACAGUGUCUUGUGCACACACCACAGUUUACUAAAUACUUCUGUGAAGAUUAUCAUCGCGAAAUAAAUCGGCAAAAUCCACUGGGUAAUGUGGGUGAACUUGCAUUAGCUUUUGGUGAGCUAUUGAGAAAACUCUGGGCUCCUGGAGGACGUGCCCCUGUUUCACCUAGACCAUUCAAAAUGAAGCUUUCUCGGUUUGCAUCUCAGUUCAGUGGAUACAACCAGCAUGAUUCACAGGAGCUGUUGGCGUUCCUAUUGGAUGGACUCCAUGAAGAUUUGAAUCGUGUGAAGCAUAGACCUUACAUAAAUUCAGGGGAUGCUGAUGGAAGAUCAGAUGAAGAAGUUGCAGAUGAAUAUUGGGCAAAUCAUAUUGCCAGAAAUAAUUCAAUCAUUGUUGAUGUAUGCCAGGGGCAGUACAAGUCCACUUUGGUUUGCCCAGUCUGUGGGAAGGUUUCAGUGACUUUUGACCCGUUCAUGUAUCUUUCCUUGCCCUUACAAUUUGCCUCAACCCGGAGCGUGACUGCCGUGGUGUUUUCUUGUGAUGGUAGUGUUCCACCAACACCAUUCACUGUGAAUGUACCAAAACAAGGUAGGUGCAGAGAUCUAUUACAAGCCCUUGGUGCUGCAUGCUCACUUAAAAAUGGGGAGAAACUUCUAAUUGCUGAGAUACGGAAUCAUAAGAUCUACCGUUUUAUUGAUGAUCCAGUGCUUCAGCUGUCUACAAUAAGUGAUGAUGAUCAUCUGGCAGUUUAUAAGCUCCCAAAGUUGGAAAAGAGGGUGAAUUACAUUCAGUUUGUGCAUCGUCAUGAAGAUCUGGACCAUGGAAACAAUAACAGCUUGACAUCUUGGAAACCGUACGGUGUUCCUCUUCUUGCACAAAUUUCUCGCAAUGAAAUUGUCACGGGUUUUGAUAUCCAUGAGUUGGUCCAUAAAAUGCUUGUGCCCGUGCUAAGGAAUCCGGACUCUCUGCAUUUGGCUGUUCAAAGUUCUGUUUCCACAAGAACUCAUAGUUAUCAUACCGACAGCAGCAAAUGUCAGCUUCUGUUGGUUGAUGAUAGCAACACAGUCAUUGAAAAAUCAAAUGAUGCUAUCAGGAUCCCACAAUCUUCACUUGCAACUGUAUUUUUUAUCAACUGGCCCAAGGCAGAUCUGAAAAAGAUAGACACUCAUCAUUUAGAGUACCUUCCAGAGGUGUUUAUGUAUGCUCCGCCUGCGAAGAGAACCCGUGGUGAAGCUCUGUCACUCUAUGCAUGCUUGGAUGCUUUCUUGAGAGAAGAACCUCUUGUACCUGAAGACAUGUGGUACUGUCCAAGGUGCAAGGAGCAAAGACAAGCUAGCAAAAAGUUGGAUUUGUGGAGACUUCCUGAAGUACUAGUCAUACAUCUAAAGAGAUUUUCAUUUAGUAGGUCAACAAAACAAAAACUAGAAACUUUUGUUAAUUUUCCAAUACAUGACUUGGAUUUGACAAAUUACAUUGCCAAUAAGAAGACUUCAGAGCGCCAGAUCUAUGAGCUGUAUGCUGUGAGCAAUCAUUAUGGCAACAUGGCAAGUGGACAUUAUACUGCACACAUUAAGCUUGUGGAUGAGAAUCGGUGGUACAACUUCGAUGAUAGCCAUGUUGCUUCCAUUGAUGAAGAUGAGGUGAAGACUGCUGCAGCUUAUGUGCUAUUCUAUAGAAGGGUCAGAGAACAAGACAUAGCAAGGGGAACUAGUAAUGGAUCUCAGUUAUAUGCAAAAAGAAGUCACGGAUAUAGCCAUAGGUAGGCUGAUGAUUACUGUGGUUCGGUGCAAGGGGGAUUCUGGAAAUGACACCCGCACGCCUUUAGUCAUUGCCAGGAGUAUAUGGCUUGCUGGAAAAAAUGCUCAUCACGUGCAGUCAAUGCACCGUUGUCCAGUUGUCACAGAAGAUAUUUCGUGCAGUGCUGGUACAAGAUGGGAAUUUUGUAUGAGGUGAGUUGAAGGAGUAAUUGACUCUUUAUGAUAACUGGGUAGCUUCAACAGGAACGCCGGGGCUUGGUGGCAUUUUGUUCGUCUGUUUUCUUCUAGAAGAGAAACAAGGGGAGGCAAGAAAACAUUUAGGAAACACCUUUUCGUUAAUUUGAUUUUUUAUUUCCAUUUUUAGAUUUAGCUAGUCUGUACACUGUUGUUGGAAAUGGGUCCGCUGUUGUUGGUCGAUGCUUGUGGUGGCCAAUAAUACUACACCCAACUAUACCAGGCUCUGCAAUGGCGAAUCAUGGUGCACAUUAUGGUGCUCUGUUGCGGGAAGAAUUGUAGCUGAUGUUGUACUUAUAUACUGGCAAAAAGGCCCCAGAAAUGUAAAAAUGUAUCGAUAUGCUGACAUCUUAAACCCUAUUUUGGAUUCGUGCUCUUUCCUAUGGAUGAAGGUGUGCGCCAUUUAGGGGUUGUUUGUUUGAAGAAUCAAUCCAUUCUAGGUAGGUGAUUAUCA